CAAACAAGUUAGUUAAGCCCACGCCAAUUGCUCUGCAGAGUUAAUUUUAAAAAAACCAGAGAAGGCGCGCGAGUCCAUUUUCACCGAACUCUUGGAUCAAGAAAACCAAUUCGGAUCUAGUGAUGGGUUAGCCGAAAAAGGGUACGCUGUCAGGAAUCCGGCCGCUAAAGAUCAUCAUGGAUUUUCUAGAUCCUCCUCCAGAUCAUGUUCUUGACAACCCAGGUGUCCAAAACUAGACGGAUGAAACUCAGAGAGUAAAAAAGACAGAUUCAUCCCCACCCUUUCUCUCUUUUUCCCUUUUUCUUUUCUUCUCCCUUUUUUAAAAAAAAAUUCAGCCACAAAUCACGUUGCUCUUGUUGUCUUCCUCUACCCCACAACUCCAACCCAUCUUCUUCUCCUCUCAAUCAUCUUCGUCGGAGCUCCGCAUCCAGAUUCCGGAAAAGCCCAAAGGGUUGCAGAGAAUUGGUUGUAAAUAGUACAGAGUUAUGUUUCUUGCUUGGUUUUCUGGGUGAAGUAUAGGCUUUCUACGGUUUUUUUUCUGGAUUUUCUUGGAAGCUAGAGAUCAAAGGAAUGCUGAAAGAUGUGUUUGAGGAUCUGGAGAUUUUACACUGAGAUCCAAAAUGUCUUAGCCUCUAUAGAGUUGAAGUUCAUCUUUGAUGAGAUUGGAUCUGAGCUUCUUGGCAGCAGCUCAUUGAUUGAUCCUCCCAAGAUGCAGAGUGGACUGGGAAUUUCCCAGUUUCCGUUUCUUUCAAUUUAUGAUCUGCCCGAGGAUGGUUAACCGUUCUUCUCCGGCGGGUUUUGUAUAGGCAAUACAUUUGUCAGUUUCUGUGGUUUCUUUUUUUUUUUUUUUUGACUUUUAUGGCUUCUAGAGGAAAUGUUCUGAUGAAAAGAUAUGAAUUAGGGAGAUUUCUUGGCCAAGGCACAUUUGCAAAAGUUUAUUAUGCAAGGAAUCUCAUAACCGGAGAGAGUGUUGCUAUUAAAGUCAUAGACAAGGACAGGGUCCUUAGGGUUGGCCUUAUGAAUCAGAUCAAACGAGAGAUAUCCGUUAUGAGACUCGUGAGACACUCUAAUGUUGUGCACCUUUAUGAGGUUAUGGCAACAAAAACCAAGAUUUAUUUUGUUCUUGAAUUAGCCAAAGGGGGCGAAUUAUUUGACAAGGUGGCUAAGGGCAGGCUAAAAUGCUCCGUCGCAUGGAAAUACUUCCACCAGUUGAUAAAUGCCAUUGAUUUCUGCCAUAGUAGAGGUGUAUAUCACCGCGAUUUGAAGCCCGAGAAUUUACUCUUGGACGAAGAUGGAAACUUGAAAAUAUCUGAUUUCGGGUUGAGUGCACUCGCUGAGUCAAAGCGCCAGGACGGGCUACUCCACACUCUUUGUGGGACCCCAGCUUAUGUUGCUCCUGAGGUGAUCACCCGGAAAGGGUAUGAUGGGGGGAAAGCAGAUAUCUGGUCGUGCGGGGUCAUCCUAUUUGUUAUGCUGUCUGGUUAUCUUCCUUUCAAUGACCCAAAUUUGAUGGAGUUGUAUAGGAAGAUUGAGAAGGCCGAGUUCAAAUGCCCGAACUGGGUCCAGCCAGAGGUUCGCAAGCUGCUUUCAAGAAUGUUGGAUCCCAAUCCCACAACCAGAAUCUCAAUGGCCAAGAUUAAAGACCACCCAUGGUUCAAAGGUGGGAUCUUUUCCAAAUCUACAGCAAACAAGGGCAUACUAACCCCAAAGGAGGCAGCAGAGACACCAGAAGAAGACAUGAAGGGGAAGGAGAUGUUGCCCAGGCUCUCCAAAUUGAAUGCCUUUGACAUCAUCUCACUUUCUGCGGGCUUCGACUUAUCCAGAUUGUUCGAGGAACCUUGUGUCAUAAAAGAGGUCAGAUUCACUUGCAGGAAACCGGCAUCAGUGAUCAUCUCCAAGCUCGACGAUUUGUGCAAAUGUCUGAAGCUGAAAAUGACCAAAAGGGACGAGGGAGUGUUGAGGUUUGAAACUAUGAAGGAAGGCAGGAAGGGCAUUUUGUGCAUCGACGCAGAAAUCUUUGAGGUCACCUCUGAUGUUCAUCUGGUGGAACUGAAGAAGUCAUGUGGGGAUUCUUUGGAAUAUCUUAAGGUUGUGAAUGACGGGUUGAAGCCCGGUCUUCAAGACAUUGUUUGGGUCUGGCAAAGUGAACCGCCCGAGGAGGAACCGGUCGCGGCGCAACCACAAUUGCUGCUUCAGCAGGAGCAACUACCUGAAAUGAAUAGUGUUUGAUAUUUGUCCAUUUCUACCAACAUUAUAUAUGGUGUGCACAUAUGUGUGGAUUUUGUACAAAGAUGGGUUUGCAGUGAUAGAAUGGGUGUUUGUUCUAUCAUCUGGUUUUAGUUGCCUGGUAAAAGAGUUACAUUAUUGUAUAAUGCUAUUUGGAAGAUCAAAAGUUAUAUGUACUCUAUUGCAAUCUAGUAUCUGUUCAUGUUAUUCUCUAUCUAAUGAUGCAUAAAGAGUCAAUGCUUCG